AGUGACUGCCCAUCCACAACCCUAAAAACACAACCUACUAACUUUCUUAUUCUGUUAAUUAACCCUUUUCUUCUUCUUCAUCUUCUCCCUCCUUAAUUUAUACCUUACCCUGUACUUCUUCUCUUUGCUACGAUCCACUUAUAUUAAUUAUUUCUCUCUCUUUGUUUCUCUCUCUAGAUUGUUUAAAAGUCAAAAUAAAGAAUCAUAAACAGCAUUUAAUUUUAAAAUGGAGGAUUCAAGUGAUAAUGAGAUCAAAUCUUCUAGCAGCUGCCCAAGAGGUCACUGGAGACCGGCUGAAGACGAUAAGCUUCGCAAACUCGUCGAACAAUAUGGUCCUCAGAAUUGGAACUCCAUAGCUGAAAAGCUCCAAGGAAGAUCAGGUAAGAGUUGCAGGUUGAGAUGGUUCAAUCAACUAGACCCAAGAAUCAAUAGAAAGCCCUUCACAGAAGAGGAAGAAGACCGGCUUUUGACCGCUCACCGGAUCCAUGGUAACAAAUGGGCUCUAAUUUCGCGGUUAUUCCCAGGAAGAACAGACAAUGCUGUUAAGAACCAUUGGCAUGUAAUCAUGGCUAGGAUGCAAAGAGAACGGUCCAAGCAACAAUCAUCCAAUAAGAGAUCAGCAAGCUUAAUUACUACUAAUUCUAGUAUUAUUAUUAGUAAUAAUAAUAAUAAUUAUAGUACCCUAAACAACAAUAAGGAGAGGAAAGCUACUUCAAUGGCUAAUUGUUGGACACCAAUUUCAAGCAUGGAGAAAUAUAGGGCAUCAUCUUCAACACAACAACAACAACAACCACAAUGUUUGAUGGGAAAUAGGACAAGUAAUUACAAUAGUAGCUCAAUAUUUGAGCACACGAAUGGUUAUAACAUGAGGUUUUCGUGUGGAUCUUCUUCACAUGGAGUAGGGUUUGGAGUUAAUAAUAAUUAUAAUAUUAAUAAUUAUUAUUAUUCCGACCACCACAACAAGGUUGUUCCGUCUAGCUAUGCUCCACCAUUCGGCCAAAGCAAGACAACCGCGAUGAGGCGGUCAUCAUUGGUGUUGGAAAGAUUGGAGAAAGAGGAUGAAGAAGAAGAAUUGGGACGAGAGGGUGGAGGAGGAGGCCGCCGUGGCGGCACAAUGGUUAGUAACACCAAGGAGAUGCCCUUCAUUGAUUUUCUAGGGGUGGGCAUCUCCUCUUGAAUAAAUUCUAAAUUAAAUUAAUUAUCUUUUUAAUCUACGAAUUGAAUAUUAAAAUCGGCUUAAUAAUUAUAUAUGUGGUUAAUCUCUUCUCUUCUCAUUUUGUAUUUCCUUUGUGCAUCAGCAAAGGUAUGUAGCUAGAGAGGGGUUAAUUUAUAAAUUUAAUUAAUUAAUAAAUAUGAGCUAGUUAUGGCUAAUUUAAUUGAA